UUUCCCACCAAAUAUCUCUCUGUCUCUCUCGUUUUCCCUCUCCUGUCUUUUGCUUGUUCGACUCCCCAAAACCCCAAAGAAAUACGAAAAAAAGAAAAGAAAAAAGAAAGAGUAUUGAGAUAAUGAUAGUCACGUCCCACAUUCUUCAACCCCUUUGCUUCAGUCCAACUCCACCACUCCAAAUGUCUCUGUGAAAAUUUUCUUUGUUUCUUUGUCAAGAAUCUUUUUUAGUAUUUGUUUUUUCUGCUUUCCCAGAUCAACAAGAAAGCGUUUUACUUUCCAUUUUUUAUAAUUCAAGAAAGGUUGUUUUCAUUGCCAGCCAUGACUGAGGUCCUCAACCCCAACCAUUCUCCUUCACAUUUCUCUCCCUCUUCUUCUUCUCCUUCUCCUUCUUCCUCUGCACACAUUCAGAAUGAGGACAACAACCGCGGCUGUGAAUGUGGGUCGCCGUCUUCGUCGGUAGCCGAGGAACGGGAUUCUAUAGUGACCGGCUGUGAGGAAGAGGAGGCGGAGGGUGACCGGCAGAGAAGGGAUCAGCUGUCUUUGCUAGCAUUGCUGGUGGCCCUUUUCAGGAGAUCUUUGGUUGCUUGCAAGAGUACUGACAGGAGGGAGCUCUGUGCAAUGGAGAUCGGGUUGCCAACUAAUGUGCGCCAUGUGGCGCAUGUUACCUUUGAUAGGUUCAAUGGGUUCUUGGGAUUACCUGUGGAGUUUGAACCUGAGGUGCCCAGGAGGCCUCCCAGUGCAAGUGCUACCGUCUUUGGAGUUUCCACGGAAUCCAUGCAGUUGUCAUUUGACUCAAGAGGGAAUAGUGUGCCAACGAUUCUCUUGCUAAUGCAGAGAAACUUGUAUGCUCUAGGAGGCCUGCAGGCAGAAGGAAUUUUCAGAAUUGCUGCAGAAAACAGCCAAGAGGAGUAUGUCAGGGACCAAUUGAAUGGGGGUGUGGUACCAGAAGGCACUGAUGUACACUGUUUGGCAGGCCUUAUCAAGGCUUGGUUUAGGGAACUCCCAAGUGGGGUUCUGGAUUCUCUAUCACCUGAGCAGGUAAUGCAAUGCCAGACGGAAGAGGAUUAUGCCGAGCUUGUGAGGCUUCUACCCCCAACUGAAUUUGCUCUACUGGAUUGGGCCAUCAACCUCAUGGCUGAUGUUGUCCAACAGGAACAUCUGAACAAGAUGGAUGCGCGAAACAUAGCUAUGGUUUUUGCACCAAACAUGACUCAGAUGGCAGAUCCUUUGACUGCUUUGAUGUAUGCAGUCCAAGUUAUGAACUUCCUCAAGACCCUAAUCUUAAAAACACUGCGCGAAAGAAAAGAUUCUGCCGAGGAGCCAUCUUCUGCUAGCCGUUUAGAGCCUUCUGAUGAGAAUGGCCACCAGAGCCCUUCACAAACCUGCCUGGAAGAUAUUACCCGAGAGAAUGAAGAGAGAGAGCAUGCAUUCGUUGCUGAAGAACCUGUGUCAGAAAUUUCCCCCAACUCUAACCAAAACAAUAACCUUAUUGAUGGAGAAGCUAGCAGUUUAUUGACUUGUGAUAAUGGUUCUUGUGAGACUCCAUUUCAAGUUGACCUUUCCAUUAACAAAGCAGAAGCUGGUGAAAUCAAUGGUGCAAUAGGUGGAGGUCAAGGUAAUUCUGGAAAGGGCAAGACUGGUCAACCAAGUAAUUCAAAUUUUAAAAAGGGGCCAACGAAAAAAUGUGGUCAGCUACCUCUAGUUCCUGCAACAGUGCCUGUUGAGAAGACCAGAGGAAUCAGCAAUCUGAGUCGCAUUGAUUCAAGUUCAGAGCGUAUCGAAGCCUGGAGGUAAAGGAAGCUCAGCAGCAGUUGAUCAAGCUCCAGGUGAUUAUAUUACAAUGUUCUCAAGUGUAAGUUUGUUUGCUUUGAAAGUUGAGGGAAAGUCUUGUGAAUUGUUCAUGUAUGUUGUCUGUGUUGUUGGUUUGCUUAACCUGUUCUGAUUUCAUGGAGGAGACUUCCGUAGGAUCAUACUAACAUUGCUACUGGAGUUUCAUUGAUGUGGUUUCUUGUGUGUUUGUUUUCCUACAUAUAUGCCUGUCACCAUCCUCUUA